AUGUUUAUCUCCUUCAGAAGAAUCAAAACGUUCCUGAUGUAUGAGGAACUUGAUUUCGGAACUGUCAAUUUACCAAAAAGUAUAACAAACGGGGUGAGCAAAGAAGGACAUACUGCCGGAAGGACAGAUGUGGGAAUUCGGUUAAACAAAGCUUCUGCUAAGUGGUUGGAGUCUUUGCCAGAAAAUAAUUUGGAAGACAUAUCUUUGGAUGUGACCAGCGGUGAUCUAGUUGCUGUGGUGGGGUCUGUUGGAAGUGGCAAAACUACACUGCUCACCAUGGUACUAGGCGAAUUGGUAAUUCAAGCUGGCACUGUCAAAGUGGAGGGAACUAUAUCCUAUGCCUCUCAAGAGACUUGGUUGUUUGGAGGCAGUGUGAGGCAAAACAUCCUCUUCGGACAGGAAUUUGAUCAGAGGAAAUACGACGAAGUUAUUAGAGUUUGUGCCUUAGAAAGAGACUUCAAACUCUUUUCCCAUGGUGACAGAACUUUAGCUGGCGAAAGAGGUGUUACCCUGAGCGGAGGUCAAAGAGCUCGGAUCAACCUAGCCAGAGCGGUAUACAGAGAAGCAGACAUCUACCUAUUAGAUGACCCAUUAUCAGCUGUGGAUACACACGUUGGGAAGCAACUGUUCGAUGAAUGCAUCUGUGAGUACCUGAAAGAAAAAUGCGUUAUUUUGGUAACUCACCAACUCCAGUACUUGAGAAAUGUCAAUAACAUAUAUCUACUAGAAUAUGGAAAAGUUCUAGUAUCAGGAUCAUAUGAAGAAAUCAGAGCCUCCGACACCAAGUUCUCCAGGAUGUUGCUCAACUUGAAGGAAGAAGAGGAGGAUAUAAGGAGAAAGUCUAUGAUAUUGGCGGGGAAACAAGAAGAGCCACUUUUAGAUGACGAUGACAAAAUACAAAUUUUACAGAGGGAGGAGAAAGGAGUGGGAGGAAUUUCUUGGCAUGUUUACAAGAGUUACAUGAAAGCCGGUGGAAAUAUUCUGAAAGUGUUUCUGUUGUGUUCAGUUUUCUUACUGAGUCAGCUUUUGGAGAGUGGUGCGGAGUAUUUUGUUACAUUAUGGGUCAACACCCUUCAGUGGCUCUCUCACAGAAAUACCACGAAUAACGAAGUCAAAUUAAUAGAAUUUCGAAAUAUCACCGGAGAAACUACAAAUCCAUUAGAUUCCUACGAAGACUGGUGGCUCACUCCCGUUUUUACGUCAGACAAUACCAUCAUUUACUACUCAGUUUUGAUUAUUUUAUGGUGUAUAACUGCUUCUACGAGAUUGCACAACCAGAUGUUCGAUAACAUUGUUUAUAGUCCCAUGAGAUUUUUCACCAUGAAUCCGUCUGGUAGAAUCCUCAACAGAUUCUCCAAAGAUAUUGGUACCCUGGAUGAAAUAUUGCCCAUGACACUUUUGGAUACCAUUCAGAUUGUGGUAUCUGUAGCUGGCAUAUGCUUGGUGAUUGGCUCCCUCAGUGUGUGGAUUAUGGUACCAACUGCUCUGAUUGGCAUUUUAUUCUACUUUUUGAGGGUUAUAUUUCUGAGAACGAGUAGAGACGUCAAAAGAGUAGAAUCA